CCGUCAGACAGGGAGCGACGCCGGAGCGGCACAGACGCGAUAUUUUCUUUCCUUUUGAUACCUCUGACUUUUUUACGCGAUUUUUUUUUUCUACCUUUAUUUAUAUAGGGGCUUGUUUUCGCUGACAUUUCAUAGUUAAGGGCUUGGUUUUUUUUUUUCCCUUGCAAGAAGUAGCAGCGGAGACAGGAGGAACUCCUGUUAUUCCGAGGCUUCGGGAGAAACCCUCGCUUUCAAGCUCGUCCGUAGAAGGCGCGGCGAGUCCCGCCGGCAAGGACAAAAGAGCGGCGAGCGCCGACCCCCGCCCGCCAGCAUGAGCAGCGCCGAGAUGGGCAAGUUCAACAUCUCGCCCGACGAGGACAGCAGCAGCUACAGCUCCAACAGCAACGACUUCAGCUACCCGUACCCCACCAAGCCGGCGGCCAUCAAGAGCCACUAUGCGGAUAUUGAUCCAGAAAACCAAAAUUUCUUGCUCGACUCCAACCUUGGAAAGAAGAAAUACGAAACUCAGUAUCAUCCAGGUACUACUUCCUUCGGAAUGUCAGUAUUUAAUCUGAGCAAUGCUAUUGUGGGUAGUGGCAUCCUUGGUCUUUCUUUUGCCAUGGCUAAUACUGGAAUUGCUCUUUUUGUGAUACUCCUACUGGUUGUCUCAAUAUUGUCUUUGUAUUCAGUGCAUCUUCUUUUGAAGACUGCCAAUGAAGGAGGAUCAUUGUUGUAUGAACAGUUGGGAAUGAAGGCUUUUGGUAUGGCUGGAAAACUUGCUGCUUCUGGAUCAAUUACAAUGCAGAACAUUGGAGCUAUGUCAAGCUACCUCUUCAUAGUGAAAUAUGAGUUACCAUUGGUCAUCAAGACAUUUAUGAACAUCGAAGAGACCACAGGAGAAUGGUAUCUCAAUGGUGACUAUUUAGUGCUGCUGGUGUCGGUCAUCCUCAUUCUUCCCCUGUCCCUACUGAAAAAUCUAGGGUAUUUGGGCUACACCAGUGGCUUUUCCUUACUUUGCAUGGUCUUCUUUCUGAUUGUUGUAAUUUGGAAGAUGUUUCAGAUUCCUUGUCCUAUGGACAGUGUCAUCAUGAACGUGACAUUAUUAAAUGCAACAGUGGCACCCUUGGUAGAUGAAAAUAUAACAAGUGAUGAUAUGUGCAAGCCAAAAUAUUUCAUCUUCAAUUCACAGACUGUUUAUGCUGUCCCGAUCUUAACAUUUUCUUUUGUCUGCCAUCCUGCAAUUCUUCCUAUUUAUGAAGAGCUGAAAGGCCGAAGCCGUAAAAGAAUGAUGAGUGUGUCCUAUGUAUCUUUUUUUGCCAUGUUCCUCAUGUAUUUAUUGGCUGCUCUCUUUGGAUACUUGACAUUUUAUGGGAGAGUCGAACCAGAACUGCUUCACACCUACUCUGCUUAUCUGGGAGCUGACGUUCUCCUCCUUAUUGUGCGUCUUGCUGUCCUUAUGGCUGUAACCCUCACUGUACCUGUAGUUAUUUUCCCAAUCCGCAGUUCCAUUACCCAGCUGCUGUGGGCAGGGAAGGAGUUCAGUUGGUGGCGUCACUGUUGCAUUACCUUUGCUCUUCUGGCAUUUACCAACGUGCUCGUUAUCUUCGUCCCUACUAUUCGAGACAUCUUUGGAUUCAUUGGUGCUUCUGCGGCUGCCAUGCUGAUCUUUAUACUUCCUUCUGCCUUUUAUAUCAAAUUAGUGAAGAAGGAGCCAAUGAAGUCAGUGCAAAAGAUUGGGGCUUCAUUCUUCUUUCUAAGUGGUAUACUUGUGAUGACUGGGUGUAUGACACUGAUUAUUCUAGACUGGACCCAGAAUGUUACAUCUGAUGGCCAUUAACUGCCGUGGUUUAAUCUCUGUAAUACUCCACUUCAAAUGCCAGUGUUCACUCAGAUACCUACUGAGAAUGAAAAUGAGCUAUUCAGCUUCCUUUAAAAGGCAGAUUCUUUGUUGAUGGUUCUUCUGAUUGUAGAAUAUCUGAACUCUGUCUUUAAGAAACUAUUCUGCAUGAUGGAAGUGGAUAUUAACAUCAAACCACGUGAGUGUCUGGCUGAAGGAAGUGACAACUUUAUUCCAUUCCAGAGAAUGGACAGAACUCUCUGUAGACUUUUAUCAAGCCAUGUUUGGCUUUCGUCAUUGUUACUUGGAUAUUUUGUUAUUUUACUUGAAUGUGCCUAAUGGAACCAUUUGAUGUGAGAAAGAACUUUAAUUUACAGCAAAGUGUUUAAAUAACCAAUGAGAGAGCGAGAGAAAGAGAGAAACACUAUUAUUUUUUUGUACCAAAAAUUCUUAUGGACCUCAAAAGCACUAUUUUGACUUUAAGAAACAUUUUUUCUAAAAAAGAGUGGAAAAAUAAAAUAGAAGAGCUCAGAAGAAUAUUUAAUUAGUGUCCUAAAUUAAACUUAGUUUGACUUUCUUGAUCUCUUCACUCAUGUCACCAGUGACAGGACCCAAGGAAAGGACAUGAAGCUGAGUCAGGGUAGGUUUAGGUUGGAUGUCGGGACAAGAUUUUU